AAAGUACAAAGAGCGGCUUGCCAGAGCACGUAAAAUAACAAUUGGGCUGGACAUAUGGACCAAAAAAGGACUUACAGCUUCAUUUCUGGCAAUUAGUGCAUGUUUUUUUGGCACUGUGGUCAACAAAGCACAGCACAUAUUGUUGAGACUUGAUCAGAUCUCACACCCACACACGGCAGAGUGUAUAAAACAUUGUAUUGACCGAUGCAUAAAGGACUGGGGAAUACCACAACACAAAAUUCUAACAGUCAUAACUGACAAUGGAAGCAACAUGAUUGCAGCAUUCAAGUCUAAUGAACCAGAUGAGCCCACUAGCUCCGACUCCGAGGAUGAAUCCAUCGAGACGAGUGACCCUGAACAUUCUGAGGUGGCUGCUAGAGAACGCCAGAGGUUUGGAGCCAUAGAUAUGAGUAGGACCCCCUGCGUUGUACACACUCUACAACUUGUGGUGAACAUGAUCCAGAAAGACACUAGUGUCAACCGACUGCUGAGCAAAGUUAAGCUCUUCCGCAAGUCAUCUGUGGCAACUGAGCGUCUGCUGCAGAUGUGUCAACUAACCCUGAUCAAAGACUGCCCUACUAGAUGGUCCAGCACAUAUCAGAUGAUAUCACAGCUUCUCCAAAUCAAGGACUCAGUAGUUCAGGUUGCGGAUGGGAUGAGCUGGGACUAUUUACUCUCAAGUGAGUGGCAUAAGCUGUCCGCUCUCAGAGAUUUACUCAUCCCCUUCGCUGAGCAUACCCAGUUGCUCCAGAGUGACACACAGUCAUUAUCCCUUGUGGUGCCUGGUCUCCUGGACCUGCAGGUUCACCUGUCUGAGUUCCCCCAUGCCCAGGGAUCUAGCUUUAAGGACCUCGCUUCCCUGGCAAUUAAGAUGAAGGCAAACAUGGACAAGAGGUUCAGCUGCUUUCUUGAUCACACUGACUCCAAGUUUUCACCUCUCGCUGCUGCUGCAUGCUUCCUUGACCCAACAGUUGCACCUGAAGCACUCCUUGAAAAUGAUGAUGAGCAAAUAGGAGCACUUCUGAGAAGAUCAGAAGAUUAUCUUGCUCAAUUGGUGCCACCAGUUGUACGGGAGAAGGAGGCUGAAGAUGAGAAGCCAGUGGAGGGAGAAGAAUCCAAAGAAGAGCAGCCUCACAACAAGCAGCCCAGAUUCAGAUUCUUGUCCUAA